GAGCCAAUUCAAGAUUCCUCAAGGUAAUGCAAAGUAUACAAAAAAUCCAAUCAACUCAAUCCUUUGAGAUAUCUAAUUAUAAUUUCUAUGUUAAGAUAAUUCCUAGCUCUAACUUAAUUCGAAGUUUUCUUCGUCUCUAUUAGACGUCUUAAUUUCUUAUAUUUGAUCUACUUAUCUCAACUUGACACGAAUUCACUUUGAUAUUUUUAUGAUCUAAACUUUUUCUUGAUUCAAAUCUCGUGUAAAUUUUUGUCACCAAAUCUCUACAGAAAAUCUUGCGUAUAUUAAUCAAAGAUUUUCUUAGUGCCGUAAUUUGUUUAUUUUGUUAUAUUUACACAUCAAAAUUCAGAAAAACUGCAAUUUUCGGCUAUGGAAACUGUUGUUGUAGAGCAACCAAUCUCUGCCUGCAAGCAGAUGAAAAUGGUGAGAAGAAGCUCUGAAAAUCUUGCUCCCAUAAAUUACAACUUCCAAGGAGGUCUCCUCCAAGCUCCUCCACCUUCUCUCUCUCUCUUCAACCACUACCGCUACCAACAUCUUCAACAGGCGCAGAGGCAGCAGCAUCAAAAUCCGCCUCUCCUUCCUCUGCCGGUUCCCAACAGACCUCCUUAUCACCACCAGUCUCUGCCGUCUCUUCCAUCGCGUACUCGCAGCGCCUCCCGCCCUCCCGCCGCCAGGAAGACCAACAACAUGAUCACCAGAAGCCAAUCUCUCACCCCGAAAAAGCCGAAAUCUAAGCCCUCCAAGAAAGAAGAAGCUAAUAAGCAGGACUUCAAAGCGAUAUCUGAGUGUUUGAUCGCUUCCACCAACCGUUUGGGUCCCGAUCCGAAUGAUCUUCCCAUAGAUGUUACUAGGGUUUUCUCAUCGUCCAUUGGUAAGAGUCUCGGUGGCGGUGGCGGUGUGGGUGAUAUGGAGAAGUUUUCAGGUUCCAUUUUCACUCUCUCACCACCUCCGAGUAGCCUGCCCCUGCCAAGGUUUUCUCUGCAGCCAAGGCUUGGUUGCAACGCCGAGGCUGCAGCAGGGGUCGACGCCGGAGCAACCGACAACCUCUGCCGUCUGUUACGUCUCCGAUGAAUGGUUGGGUGGUUGUCUUAGUAGUUGGUGAUCAUGGUUUGGUUUGUAGGUGUCAGUUGUGUAAAUAAAGGCAAGUGAGAGGGUUAAUUCGUGAUGAUAAAUUAAUCAUGUAAUCCCUCUCCUCACUUCUCCUUGAGGAAAUUUGUGAUCGCCACCUGUGUUUUUUAUUGGGGUGCACAAAAAAAAUACCAAAGGAUGUUUUUCUUUUUCUUUUCAAAUUUGUUUUUCCUUUUGUUGGUCUCCAAAUAAUAAUGAUAUGAAUGUUUUCUGACUUAAA